AGAGUAGAUGAUAAUAAUAUGGGUUAAAAGAUGAUGUAAAAAUGAAAACGGAGGUAAGUAUCAAGUACAAAGAAGCAAACUGUCCUAACUCCAAAAAUUGCAUGUAACGUAGUACUUGUUAGCUAGCUCAGUUUUCCUUCACACUCCUUGUCCGAAUACUAGCUUGAGUUGAGUUUAUGAUUACUAUUUACUACUCAUAUUAUAUAGAUGAUGGUACAUACAGCAUUUUGUCUUAAUUUGCAGUCUUUCCGAGCCAGGCGCCAGCUGCUCCCAAAUUCCAAUAUUUCACUCUUUAAAACACUCGCUUAGCUACAUAACAAAAUAAGAAUACUAUACACCAUCACUGUGUCUUGAUCAUUUGAUUAAACAUCUUAUUUUUAUGUCGUUUAACAUACUUUCUCUGAUUUUUAUUAAUUGCUACAAAUAGUGACAUCUUUUGAGAAAAUAUGUCACUAUUUGUAAUAACUAACAAAAACCAAAAGAAAUAUAAAAUAAAAACUAAUUGCCGAAUUCAUUAAUUUAGCACACAUACACACAAUGGUGGUGAAUCUUCAGGCUAUAUAACUAAUAAAAAUUCUAGAUUUGCCUCUAAAUAACAUGUAUCCAAUUAGAUGUUAGGUAACAACAAAAAUUGUCUAAUACUAAUCCACUCAAUAGAAGAUUCAAAUUCUUACUGAAAACUUCCCUCAAUUACAAUUUGGAUUUCGAAAUAAACAUCCUCUUGUUCUCCAAAUUCUUAUUUUUCUUUCCUUUGAUCUCUUCUUUCUUAAUACUUCUCAUGUCGUCGUAACAUUAUAAUUAUUGCAUAUAUAUAUAUAUAUAUAUAUAUAUAUAUAUAUAUAUAUAUAUAUAUAUUAGCUAGUGCAUGAAAAACUCAUAAUAAAAUUUAGUAAAACAAUCAGGUAAAAUUAGGUCAUAAUGUUGAUAGGCCCACCAGAAAAUAGAGGAGUAUUGGAUAUCCAACACAGCCCACUUUCAUUCUAAAGUUCUAAGCUCACCUCAAACCGCAUUUAUUUAUUUAAUUUAAUUGGACUACAAAACACACAAUUUCAACUAGACACCAAAACAAGUAAACCAAUGCUUUCAUCGAUGUGAUGUCUACUUUCUACUUUAUAUUCUACUAGAUUAAAUACUUAAUAAUUUCUAAACAAAUUAAUUCGUUGUAAACAUUUGUCUUAAAGCACUCGAGUGUCGAAUCAACUUAUUUAUGACUACGAAUAAUCAAGGGAGUUAUUCAACCUCAUACUCUUCUAUUUUAUUAACUUUGUAACACUAACUCAAAAAAUUUCACAUCAAAAAUCAUAAUGUUGCAAAUUUAAGAGGACAAAACAAUAUUAAUCUCUAAUUCACACAAUAAAUAUACAUCAACAUUUUGUUUUAAAGGGUUGUAUAAUCCACAUAUAGGAUGUUAAUUCCUAGAGUGAGGAGAUGAACAACUCCUUAUAGGAAGAUUUAACCGUUUUAGUUUAUCAAUCAUAUUAAUUAAUAUUGCUAUAGUUGACAUAUAAAACAAGCACAUUAAUUAUGAAAUGUAACAAUCUUAAUGGAACAGAGAGAGCAAUCAGGUCCAAACAAGACAAGCAUUGUACGAAUCAUAAGUAGUGCACAUUAAUAAAUAAUUUGCAUUUUAAUUGAUAAGAGUUUUGUUAUAAAGUGAUAGUAUUAGUAGUACACUAGUGCGAAUUAUCGUUUUAUAUCCCUAAAUAAAAGAUGUGAUGUUUGGGAAUGCGUUGUCCACUUAUAAGGAGUUUUAUAAGUAUUUCAUAGUUGCUAGAAAGAAAAAAAAGAGGAAGAAAUGCGGCUAUAAAACCCAGCUCAGUAAUGCACCAACUUACUUGUUAGCACUUAGCAGUUAGCAUCUAAGACUAAGCAAUACAAACGUUGAUCUUCAGCCUUCCCUCCUCAAUCAGAUCUUUUCGAUACUUUAACAUGGCUGAAAAUGAUGGUGCAUUACGUCCCACUGAAAGCAAAUGGAAGAUACCUGUUUCUAUUUUCUUCAAAGAUGCAAGGAGCGUGUUUAAGAUGGAUUCCUUGGGGUUGGAGAUAUUAAGGAUUGCAAUCCCAGCUGCUUUGGCUCUUGCUGCUGAUCCUGUUGCAUCUCUUAUUGACACUGUUUUUAUUGGCCACAUAGGGGCAGUAGAACUUGCAGCAGUUGGAGUUUCCAUAGCAAUCUUCAACCAAGCAUCAAAGAUUACUAUAUACCCUCUUGUUAGCAUUACCACUUCUUUCGUUGCAGAGGAAGAGACUGUUGGGAAAAUGGGUGCUGCAGGAUCCCAAAAUGAUGUAAAUCAACAUCAGGAGACAUCUAAUACUCAAGUUGAAGAUGAUGCAUUGGGAAAACUAGAGGAGGGUUCUGCUACAAGGACAAUUAACACUGAUCACAAUAAUCUGGUAGUAUCCCAGAAAACAAAGAUCUUAGAAAUGAGCAAUCCAGAUAAGGUUAAAGGAGGAGGCCUAGGGGGCAAGCGGCAUAUUCCAUCAGCUUCUACUGCACUUGUUCUGGGAUUGUUCCUUGGUCUUUGUCAGACCAUAUUCCUAGUCUUUGGAGCUAAAAUGCUUUUAGGAAUCAUGGGUGUUAAACAUGACUCCCCAAUGUUAAAACCAGCUCUUAAGUACUUAACUCUAAGGUCCUUUGGUGCUCCUGCGGUGCUUCUUUCGUUAGCAAUGCAAGGUGUCUUUCGAGGUUUUAAAGAUACUAAAACUCCUCUUUAUGCAACUGUUGCAGCAGAUCUUUCAAAUAUUAUUCUAGAUGCAGUUCUCAUCUUUGCAUGUCGUUUGGGUGUCAGUGGUGCUGCCAUUGCUCAUGUUCUCUCACAGUACUUGAUGUCAUUUAUACUCCUAUGGAGGUUGAUGAGGGAAGUUUAUCUGUUGCCUCCAAGUCUAAAACAACUUCAAUUUGGCCGAUUUCUCAAAAAUGGUUUUUAUUUGUUCACAAGAGUGAUAGCAGUGACAUUCUGUGUCACCUUAGCAGCAUCUCUAGCAGCAAGACUAGGUGCGACUCCAAUGGCUGCAUUCCAAAUCUGCUUGCAAGUAUGGUUGGCUUCAUCUCUUCUUGCAGAUGGUUUAGCAGUAGCUGGUCAGGCCAUAUUGGCAAGUUCAUUUGCGGAGAACAACUACAUGAAAGCAACUGCUGCUGCUACCAGAGUAUUGCAGAUGGGCUUUGUCCUAGGGUUGGGACUAGCAGUUGCAGUUGGACUGGGUUUGCAGUUUGGAGGUGGAAUAUUUUCUCCCAAUCCAGCUGUUCUUCAUCUCAUUAGCAUUGCUGUGCCGUUUGUAGCAGGCACUCAGCCAAUAAACUCAUUAUCAUUUGUGUUUGAUGGUGUAAACUUUGGAGCAUCUGAUUUUGCUUAUUCUGCAUAUUCCAUGGUUCUGGUGGCUAUCGCGAGUGUAGCAUCACUAUUUUUUCUGUAUAAAAGCUAUGGAUUUAUAGGAAUCUGGAUUGCCUUGAGUAUCUACAUGGCUCUACGUACAUUUGCUGGGAUUUGGAGGAUGGGAACUGGAACUGGACCAUGGCGCUUUCUUAGGAGCGGAUUUCUUUCUUGAUAACUUUCCUAUCUUCCCUUCACUUCCGUUCCUACCCUUGGAAAGAAGCAAAGAGCAAAGUGCCUGCCAUCGUUUUUAGUUAUGGUCGAGAAAUUCAGAGUUCAUGGCACUCACGCACAUCAUUUAUGUCGUCAAAUUUUCUUUCUUUCUGAAUAGCUUUUGUAUUGGAGAUCUCAACAGCAUAUAGUCUAUUUUAGGAGACGCCAAAGCUCACUAGCUCAGGCACUUCUAAAUCCUAACCAUGUCCAUGCUUAAGAGAUCCCACUUGUGAAAGUGAGAGUUGUACAAUAAUACUGGAAUAUUAGUUAAAUCACAAUAUGUAUUGGUUUCUUUGAUGGAAUGGAAUGAAAUAAAAUGAAGAGCAAAAGGGGUGGGUGCAAUCUUCUCUAAAAAGCUCAUUAAGUACUCACUAUAGUUCAACUUAGUAAAUUAGUACUGGGAACAUAACAAGGGAAAAUUUAUAAUUAAACCAUGACAUUACGUUCUACCAACACCAAAAGCUUACAAAAUCAUAUAAAUUGCAGUUUGGGAACAUGAGCAUCAGUAUGAAUUCAAAAUAUAAAAGGUAAUCAUCAAUGCUAACAUAUGCAAAAGGGGUGACUCUGUUUGGCAGAAACUUGUUCCUUUUUUUCCUUUGAUCAAUCCUUGAAAAAUCAACAUUAAAUGAUCAACCCAUGCUCAAAGCAUAGGCAAGCAAAGUACAUUAUUUUUCUUGUUUACUUGCACACAAAUUCUAAGAAAAAAAAAAAAGCAAAACCAACCCAAAUUCUAAUAAAAUUCUUCUUUUACCCAGAAUAAACACAGCAGAUUCAACGACCAGACAAACCUACUAUUAGAUGACAGAUAUCGAAAAAUCAAAUCAAAAUCAACCCAAAAAAAUCCAAAUAGAAAACGCCUAAUAACAUAAAUUAAUAAACAGAAGUAAAAUACUACGACCAAUCGAUUAACUAAUUUUAGCAACAGAAGCAAUAUUUAAUCAAGUAAAAGACAG